GUGAGUUGAGCUGGCUGAGCUGCGCCGUAAGGGCUGUUAUUGCUGUUAGUGCUGUACAGCGGAGACGGGGCUCAGCCCGGAGGAGAAGGAGGGGGAAGAGGAGGAGAAGGAGGAGAAGAACAGCUCCCUGCGGUGACUCCACUUCACCCUAAACACCCAUACAUGCAAUAGCUGCGCUCUCUGAGACGAAAAGAUGAUUUCGCCGUGGGACAGAUGGUACACGACGAGCUGCUGCCUCUGCUGCCAUGUCCGGACGGGCACCAUUAUCCUGGGCAUCUGGUACAUGCUCAUCAAUGCAGUAGUUCUGUUAAUCCUGCUGUCUGCUUUAAAUGACCCGGUCCAGUACCACUACCACCUCACUAGUGCUGAGCUUGGCACAGAUUUGGACGUCAUGGACGAUGCAAACAUGUGCAUCGCUGCUGCAAUUUCCCUACUGAUGAUUCUGAUCUGUGGGAUGGCGACCUAUGGUGCUUAUAAGCAACAUGCUGCUUGGAUCAUUCCAUUUUUCUGCUACCAAAUCUUUGACUUUGCUCUUAACACCCUGGUAGCAAUAAGUGUCGUGGUUUACCCGAACACCAUCCAGGACUACCUUCAGCAGCUGCCUGGGACCUUUCCAUACAAAGAGGACUUAAUGUCCACAAGCAACAUGUGCCUAGUAUUUGCAGUUCUGCUAUUCAUCGGCUGCAUCUUGGCCUUUAAGGCUUACCUGAUUGCCUGCGUGUGGAACUGCUACAGAUACGUUAGUGGAAGAGGCACCACAGAGGUCUUGGUUUAUGUCACCACAAAUGACACAACAGUGCUGCUUCCGCCCUAUGAAGAAGUUGUUGCCAUUCCACCGAAGGAGCCGCCUCCUCAGUAUGUUUCAGCAUGAGACAGACAUUUUCCUCUGUCAGAGUCCCCUGCUCUCAUCCCUAAUCCCCUCCAAAGAAAGAAAGAAAGGAUUUCUCUAUCACUAUUGCCCAUUGCCCUCUACUUCUUACUCUGUGAUGUUUUUUUUUCCUUCUUUACUCCCUGAAGGCAGUAGUGUGACUUUGACAUGUCCUUUCCUCUGCAAGGCACAGCUGUCCUGGCAGCCCAAGUGCUGUGUGUCAGCUCCAAUUUGAUUUGCACUUCCAGUGAUUAUGCACAGCACUGACCUCCCUUUUUAAUACUGUGAACUUCUCAGUACUGUUGUUGUCGUCUACAGAAGUACCUGCAAAAUGCAAAGGCACAGAGUGCAAUAAAUAUGAGGGUUAUUUAAGAGCACCUUUCAAAUGGCUAUUACCCAGGAACCCACUGAAUGUAGAGACCAGGGUAUUUUCAUCUAACAUUGUAUUUGUAUUAACACUAAACUGUGAGAAGACUUUCAAGAAACCCAAUUUGUGGUUAAAACAUGUACCUAAACCUAUGAACUUAACCCAGAGCAAUCCUAAAUCAUGUCCUCUGAGAAAAUCAGGUCUUUUAUACCAAUAGUAUCCCAUAUUUAAUGCAGCAUUGAAAUCUUUUGAUACCAUAUUUAAAAUAAUGACCUUUUGGUGGAUUCAGACAAUACAAGAAUUCCAAAUACUACAAUGAUUUGGAUCGAAAGAUUAUGCACUACAGGAUAUAUCAGUGCAGUGUAACUGAUGAAGGAUUCUGGCCAUUUUCACAAGAUUAUGUUGAUUAUGCUUUUAUACAUUUCUCUCUUUCUUUUGAUUUAAUCUGAAUUAAGACUAUAAGAAUAAAAUUCCUAUAGUCUGCAGAUUAGAUACAUAAACGAUACAUAAAAUUGUAUGAAAGCUAAAGCUUGCUGUUAAUCCUGUUUAUUUCAGAUUUUUUACCGUUCAUCAAGUGGCAGCGUGCCACAUUCUUUUUGCACACAGUUCUUGUUAAUUCAUGUUGUACAUUCUGUGUUAGGUCAGUCAUUGUAACAAUUGAAAAGUAGACUGUAGCACAGUACCAUAGUAUAGCUAUGACAUAGCCUUGUAGUGUGCUCUGGUAGUCUGACUAUGAGUGACAUGAAGUCUUCUGAAGUCUUCCCCAGCUUCAUUCUGCUUAACUUAUUCAAACAUUUGCAGUGUUUUAUAUAAAGAGCUAUGCAAAACUAUGUUAAAGGAACCACUGUACUGUGUUUCAAUGCUAAGCUCUCUGGUAUUAAUGCCUUAAACUGAGACUGCAGACUGUCUUUCACUGCUGGCUGCCAUUUUCCCAGGGUUGCAAUUUUUCCAGGCCUGCUUUAAAGAACCUGGUGUAACUGAUCUUGAUUCCUGUAAGAAUUUUUCAGAGGACAGUUCUAUAAAUCGGCGUUAGCUGCAUUUCCAUCCAAAGGAUUUUUUUUUACGAAAAAUAUCUUAAAGCUUCAAAAUGUUUGUCAGUGAAGACUAUGGAAACAGGAAUUGAUAAGAUUUUAUGAGUGUCCACAAAACUCUUUUCUGUUGCACCUGCAAUGGCAAACAAUAUAUUAAAAUAGAUUUCCUCAUCAGUAGGUUAUAAAGAAAGUCAGUAAAGUCAUGUUGAACAUUUCAAACGUAAGUCUUUUUUAUCAAUAAACCAAAACGUAGGCAAGAAAUUACAUCAUUGCACCAGGAUUUUUAUCGCUAAAAGUCUGUUUGAUGGGCAUUAAAAUUCACAAUCAUUUUUACACAUGAUUUUUUUUAGGAGGUCAACUGAGACAUAGCUAAUGGUCUGCUGAAACCCUAAAACACAACCUACAUAACAAAAAAGAUGGAUAAAGAUAUUACUAAACUAAGAAACAAAUUGUCACUGUCCAAAAAAAACCCCCAAAAAAACAAAGUAUCUCCAGAAUGGCAACUUCAUAGGAGAACUUUCAGUAUAGGUUCAUAUAAAGUAAAUUAAUCCAAAUUAAAGUAAUUUUAGACCAUUUCUAUUGAUCCAUUCAUCAUGACAUUUUGAUAAAAUAUGAAGGACAGCUGCUGUGCUCAAAUGAUGAAUAGUUUUUGGACAGCAACAAAUCUAUGCCCAUUGUUUUUUGACAUGUUUGAAACUCACAAAUCAAGUAAAGCAGUGAAAGAAUGUCUGUUCACUCCAGUUAAGGAAAAGGUACAAAAGAUCUUGGGGUUGAAAUAUAGUAAAAUACUGCUUCGUGUACCAUGCAUCAACAACCUACAGUAGCCAGAUACUUGCUGUUUGUUCCUAUGAAACAGAUAGAUGGGUAGAUUUAAACAUUUUUUGUUAGCUUUGUAGCUACUCUUCAAAUCCGACAUCAUAGCCUGAUCCAACAAAUCAUCUUAAAUCUGUUAGGGUCUAAUAAUAAGUUGACUUGGAAAAAGCUGAACUAUGGUUUAUCCUGUCACACACAGUGCAACUUCUAAAACGUACAAUUUAUUACUGAUUUUUACUGUUGAUAUUGUAUGUAGUCUGUAACAAAGGUUAUUCAGUCAGACUUGUGAUAUUCCAUUGGCUGUAAUAAUGUUUGUACUGAACAUGUAUCAAAGGUAACAGAUCGACAUACUGUAAUGUGUUUACUGUAGCGUGAAUGCACAUGUAAGCUAGGGCAGUACUUAUGAGUAGAGAGAAUGAGUGCGUGUUUUGUCCCGUUAUGUAUUCUGUUGUUGGGUCUGCACUUGUUUGUCUCAUUUUUAAACCAUAAAGUAUUCUGAUGCUGUAUAAUCA